GUGCCCCAUCAGACUCCAGACCCGGUGUCCUGUUGUCGUUGAAGUGAGCGAGUAAUACGGGGACCAAGACGAGUCGAUCGAAUGGCCGACGUCGAAGACCAGCAACAGGGCGGGCCUAGGACUUCGCGAAGCAGUGUGCGGAAGAAGCGCACAGGAAAAUCUCCCAAGCCGGAGCCCCAGUCCCAAAACGAUUGGACAUCAGCCAGUGGGCCACGACCCCGUCCGUCGCCUCACCCGAAACGUCAUGGGGAUAUAGACAUAGACAUAGACAUUGUCGAGUCCUCUGACGACUCAGACGACGCCCAAGCGUCGCCUCCCAAGCAGCAGCAACCAUCUCGACGUCCUUCGAAGCAGCGUCAACAGCUCCCGAGUCCCACCGACUCCGAGGACUCCGACCUCCCGUCCAAGCCGCCGUCCCGUUCUCGACAUCGGACUGCUGCCAUGCGGCCCAACUCCACCGUGCCCUUGGUCGACACCAAGGCCAUGGCCCGCCGUAUGCAACAUCGCCCUUCAUAUGACGACGACGACGAUGAUGAUGAGCCGCCUAUACGUCCAUCGCGGCCAGCAAGCCGUCAGACGAUGGCAUCUCGUCGCGACCAGAGUUCUCGCUCCGCUCACCGCUACAGGUCCACUCCUGAAUCUAGGCGCUCACCCCGCACUUCCAUGUCCGAUUCUGAGGGCGAAACUGACGUGACCGAGGAUUCUUUGGAGGAAGUGGUUAUUCAACAGCCUACCCGGAGAAGGAAGCCUCCGGCUGUUCCCACCGCCCCGGUACCCCCUCCCGCACCGUCCAUGCAUGAGCGCCUCAACCGGCGCACAGAGGAGCCCGAAAUUGAGGUCGUCUAUGAGGAUCCAGAUCCGGAGCCGGAUUUUGCAUCGACAAGGUAUGAGCAAUCGGUAGGUGUAGGAAGAUCGCGAGCUCAAUCCCGAGCCCCUUCCCGAGCACCCUCUCGAGCUGCGUCGGUGAAGCCGGAUGCCUAUCGUCGUCCGAGAGACGUUUCUCGUGCUCCGAGUCUCGAUGGCGACCGGGCACGGUCCAAAUCCCGAACCAGAAGACCGUCGACCAGGCAGUAUGAGUCAGACGCUUAUGUGUCGAGGGCCCCUUCAGUGUUCAGAAGAGCCAACACCACCAUAGAAGGGUCACACCAUGCGUCGUCACAGAGCUUCAGCUCCAAGCGGUCCAUGUUUGCCGAUCCGACAGCUGCCAAUAACAUGCAGUUGGAGAGGCAACAACCCAAGAGGUUUACCACUUGUGUCUCAUGCAGAGACAACAAGACUCUGGUCGAGAACACAGCCAAGCUCAAGUGCGCACAUCGCAUGUGCAACACUUGCCUGGUGCGCAGCUUUGAGCUGUCUCUCCGAGGCCCACAGCAUAUGCCCCCUCGAUGUUGUACCGCAGAGCCCAUCCCACCAAAGCACGUCGACAAACUGCUGGGUGAAGAUUUCAAAGCCGAGUGGAACCGAAAAUACCGUGAGUAUACGACCAGAAGCCGCAUAUAUUGUCCAGAGGAACGGUGUGGCAGGUGGUUCCAGCCCGACAACAUUCGUCAGGAGAACGGGCGUGGGCAGGCAAAAUGCAGUCACUGCAAAACAAAAGUCUGCUGUGCUUGCCAUGGACUGUGGCAUCCGCAGUACAAUUGCCCAGGCGAUGAGAACACAGCACAGUUCAUGCCGCAAUCCAAGCGAGAUACAUACCAGACCUGUUAUCAGUGCCAUCACAUGGUCGAACUCGCUGAAGGCUGCAACCAUAUGAAGUGCCGUUGUGGUGCUCAGUUCUGUAUGCUCUGCGGCGGUCCGUGGAAAUCGUGCGCAUGCCCCAUGACGAAUAACUCGGUCCAAGCUGUACCUCGAGCAGCCGCAGACCGCAUGAGGACGCCGAUGGACGAACCCCCGAAUCCCUUUGCAUCUGCGCCGAAGUACGCAUCUCGUGUUCCCUCUCCCCAGGCUCUACGGUCGGGAUUCCCGGCCUCUUAUGCAGGCACUGUAAAGCCUCGCCCAUCGAGCUACGAGGAAGAACCAUAUCUUGCUCGGCGUAUGGAAGUCCGUGAAGAACCUCAUCAUGCUCGCCGGAUGCAUUCUUUUGAUGAUGCCUUUGGUCAUGUCGAUGAGCAGGCCGAGUACGGUGGAGGAAGGGCAGGUGUCAACGUCUUUGACUUUGAAGAACAACCCCGACGACGCAUCGAAGCUCGGAGCCGCGGAGCGUCUUUUGGAAACGGUGAUUUCCGAGCUGGGAGGGCUGCAACGGUUGUUGCACCAUCACCUCCGCAAACACAUGUUCCCAUGGCGCCGCCACCGCCUCGUUCGGCAUUUGAGCCACCCUCACGCCCCGCCUUCGACCGAGUACCAUCUCGGGCCGCGCCGCGCGCUGAUUAUGCCUCCGAGGCCUAUGCUCAAAGAGCGGCGCGCUAUGCUUCGCCGGAGCGAUAUGAGGAGUUUGCUGCCGAGAACUACACAGCCGACAGACGGAGACCGUACUCGCCCGAAAGACGACAAACAUUCCCUACUGCGAGACGGCCGCGUUCUUUGGAUAGACACCAUCCAUUUGCUCAGGAGCGGCGCGAAGAGUCACCCGAUGGUUGGCAAGUCCCGACGCGUUUCCCAUCCCCAGAAAGAGGAGCACCCAUGGCGAUGGAGAUUCCGCAGAAGCCACGACACAUGCUCGCGCCCGAGAGGCACAUGCAGAUCCCAGAAAGGCACAUGGCACCCCACGAUAGACACAUGCAGCUUCCUGAACGACACAUGGCCACUCCUGACCGCUACGCCUCCAUGUCGGAAAGGCACGCCCCGAUGCCGGAAAGACAACAACAGCAGAUGCCAGAGAGGCACAUGGCAAUGCCCGAAAGACAGCUGGCUCAUCCUGACGAUAGACUCCGUGCUCCUUCGCCCGAGAGACGCCGAGCGUCGUCAUUCGACAAACGGCUCGCCGAUCGUUUCAACCCGGAGAGCAGACAGAGUCCAGGAGCCUACCACAUGGGCGGGAUGGGCCACGCCGUCCCACCUGCUCCUAUGACCACCAUCGGAGUUGGCCCUGUCGGACCGCCCGGACACAUGGGACACAUGGGCAUGAUGAGUGCGAUGGUGCCCCAGGGGCCGCUGAGUCCUACAAGAGGACCACCGCCUCUUUCUCGCACCGCAUCGCACCCGGCAGCAGCAAUGAUGCACGGACACGGAGGUGGUCCAUCAAUUCCGGUCGCUCCGGUGCCGCCACCGGCUAUUUCGCAUAUGCCUCGCAGGCACACCAUGGAGGAGGACAUGUACGUCUCCGGCCGUCAUCCAGGAGGACCGACACCUGAAUGGUUUGGUCCCCCGGGCAUGGGCAUGGGACUGCAUGAGUGGGAUCCCAGCGGGGGUUCUGCCCGUGCUCCUCACAUCCGAAGACGGGCCACGCAAGCUCACCGGGAGCACAACAAGACUGAGGCCAAGCCCUCGAUGCAGGCUGGCCUGAGCGGAUCUGGGAGAGGCUUGCAUCGGGUGUCGGAGUGGGUGAAUUAUAUUGAACCUGGCCCGCCUGAGGAUACAAUGGGAGGAGGUGGCCCUGCGACGAUUGUGGGAUAGCGUUUUGGUUUUUUCUUGUCGUCAUUUUUGGAUUUUUCUUUGGCUAUUUUAUUGUAUUUCUUAUUCUUUUUUCUUGGGACAUUCUGGAUCUCGUCAACUUUUCUUUAUCACGUGUGUCACCACCACCACUACCACAAGCAAACAAAGCGAAGCGAAGCGAUCAUUACGUUGGGAGAGGGAAGAAUUUCUGUUAUGAAGUUAUGAUUUGAAUGAACUUUGUACAAGUUGGUACCUGACGUGAUGUGGUGAUGGAUGAAGGGGCAUCGAGAAGCAGAGGCAUUGUUUUAGGCAUAGGAAUGACGACAUGAAUGGUUGAUGAUAUCAUGGGGUUUUGUUAAUUUAUUUUUAUUUUUUAUUUUUAUGGGUAUUUGUUUUGCCCUGUCUUUACCUGCU